AGCAUUGUAGAGUACGAAGUUUCUUUGUCCAUUAAAUCAAAUAUAUGCGAAAUGAUUCAAAUAACCAGAUUGGAAAUCAACGUCAAACGACUUCUAACACGCUGCGAAUUAAUAGCAAAGGAUGAUCCGCACAAUGACUGGAAGCUCGAAAAAUAUAUACUUUCUCUGGAUGACAUGAUGAACAAACUGCAAACUUUACCUAAUAAACCAUCCAAGGACAUCAUGAUGGACUACAUUAAACGGAUAAAUUUUCUAAAAGGAGUCAUAAAUGCAACGAAAUUAUCAAAUCCAGUGGAGAGAGUGGUUGCUGCACAAUUGUUAUCGAAAAAUUUAGUGUCCACUAACAAUUCUGCCAGUACAAGUAUCACAACACAAAUACAUCAAAAGACUGUCGCUAAAUAUAAUCGGGAAUUACGGGCGGAAUUAUUUCACAGUAACAAAGACGCAAAUAAGGAUGGUGUACGACAGAGAUUAUCAAGCUCUAGUAUCAAGGAUGAAGAUCUGGACGCUAUUUUGAAGUAUAAUCGUAAUAUUCAGGAGAAGAUCGCUGAGAAUAUGCUUUCUAUGACCAGUACUAUGAAGGAACAUGCAUUAGCGGCUAGUGCUAUUAUAAAAAAGGAUAUUGGCAUGCUGGAAAUGUCUGACAAAUUGACUGAUGUAAAUGCUGUUAAAUUAAAGAAGGAAUCCUUGAAGUUAGAAGAACACACUAACUCAAAAUGGAAGUGCUGGGUAUGGCUUAUGAUAGCUUUCGUUCUGAUUGUAUUUUUUAACAUGGUGUUAUUUAUGAAAGUGGCAAGGAAAAAGAUUUAAGCAAUUUCUAUACUGAGAUUAAUCAUGACUGAAAUAGACGUGUCACUUAAAACCACUUGGAAAUCUGUUAAAUAUAUUACAAAAUAGUGAUACAUUAAUUUGCAACUCCAUCUAGCUUCAUAAUAUAUUUUCGCGCCUCUUCUAUCAUCUGAGACAGUAGUGAUGAGUGAACACAUUCAACAGGAGCCUUAAAUCUUAUAAUACUCCUCAUUGAUUAAGAUACGUAUACUUACAUCUGUUUUUAUUAUCUGCGAUACGUUAGUCGAACAUCCCCAAAGUGACAAUAAGAUUUCGUGCAACAUU